AUGGGCGAUAGUCAAUACUCCUUCUCCCUCACCACCUUCAGCCCGUCAGGGAAGCUGGUGCAGAUCGAGUAUGCACUCAACGCCGUGGCUGCCGGUGCCACGUCGCUCGGCAUCAAAGCGACCAAUGGCGUGGUGAUUGCCACGGAGAAGAAGCUUCCUACAGAGCUCAUAGACGAGACCUCGGUGAAGAAGAUUCAACUGCUCACGGACAACUCGGGAGUUGUCUACAGGAGGGCAUUCCGCCGUCACAGCUGGUGCUCACCACCACGUGCCGUGCCACACAUGCCCAUCGCCGUGCCACACAUGCCCAUCCCCGUGCCACACGUGCCCAUCCCCGUGCCACACAUGCCCAUCGCCGUGCCACACAUGCCCAUCCCCGUGCCACACGUGCCCAUCCCCGUGCCACACAUGCCCAUCGCCGUGCCACACAUGCCCAUCGCCGUGCCACACAUGCCCAUCGCCGUGCCACACAUGCCCAUCGCCGAGGGCAUUCCAGUGUCGCAGCUGGUGCGGGAGACAGCGGCGGUCAUGCAGGAGUUCACUCAGUCAGGGGGGGUGAGGCCGUUCGGUGUGUCGCUGUUGAUGGCGGGGUAUGACUCACAGGGCCCGCACCUGUACCAGGUGGAUCCCUCGGGUUCCUACUUCGCAUGGAAGGCCUCCGCCAUUGGCAAGAACAUGACCAACGCCAAGACGUUUCUUGAGAAGAGGUAUACAGAGGACAUGGAGCUAGAGGAUGCGAUUCACACGGCCAUUCUCACUCUCAAAGAAGGGUUUGAGGGGCAAAUUGCAGGCGACAACAUUGAGAUUGGUAUUGUGGGCAGCGACAAGAAGUUCAGCCUUCUCCGCUGCUUUCCGUCCCUCUCCUCUCUCCAUAUGCACUCUCGCAAAAUCCACUUCACCUGCUCGCUGAUGCACCGUCUUCCACCUCCCUCCAUCUCCCUUCACCGCACUCCACCUCUCUCAGUGCGUGCGCUGCUAGCCAUCAACCGUGCUUCCUGCCUGCAUUCCCUGCAUGCCACAUAUGUGCGUGUGGACUGGUGGUUCCCCUCCCCCGUCAGGAGCCUGGCCAACAGCCCUCAAGUCCAGGGAAAGCUGCAUGCCGUCACCCUCCCACCAGCCCUUGCUUUCCUGGACCUCUCAUACACAGCUGUGUCCGGCGCCUUGCCCAACACUCUCUCCACCCUCACCAACCUGGCUUAUCUGGAACUCGCAUACACAUCCUUAUCAGGACAGCUGCCGUCCACGUUAUCUGCACUGUCCAAGCUCUCCCACCUGUGGGUCCCGAACAUUCACCUGCAGGGCGGCCAGGUGGGAGGCUCCAUCACCACGCUCACCUUUGUGUCUCACCUAACCCGCCUGCACACGCUGGAGCUCUUUGGAUUCGACGCCAUGACAGACGGCCACAUGACCUCCCUCAGCGGCCUCUCCACCCUCACCCGCCUGCAGAAGCUCACCUACUUCAGGAAUGUGUCUUGCAACUUCGCCAACCCCUUCCCCAACACACUCCUCUUCACCAACCGCGCCCUCUUCUCCCACUUCCCCACCGGGCACCGAUCUCAACCCCUCUACACCGCCAGGGACCUGUCUUACAACUACUUUUCCGACUUCCCAACCUGGAUUGUUGACCUCACCCGCCUCCAGUACAUAGACGUGUUGCACCAGUACGAGCAGCGCUGGGGCUACAUUCCCCGCGACCUUGACAGGCUCACCGGCCUCCGCACCUUGUCAGUCAGUGCCGCACCUUGUCAGUCAGUGCCGCACCUUGUCAGUCAGUGCCGCACCUUGUCAGUCAGUGCCGCACCUUGUCAUCUUGCUGUCGGCAACGGCCUGUCGGGCUUCCUCCCAGAGACGUGGAGCAGACUCACUGCACUGGAACGCCUGCACCUCAAGAGCAGUUCUGCACUGUCGCCCUGCCCUCCCACCACCUCUCAUUUAACUCAAUUCUCUCUCAGCGAUCUGCAAGGGAACAAGCUGGAAGGCUCCAUUCCAGGCAGCUACUCCGUUCUUAAAGCCCUUACCUACCUCAACCUUGGCAACAACCAAUUUAGCGGACCCAUUCCGGACUUCCUGGGAUCACUGCCUAACCUCAUGGAGCUCAUGGCGUCGCGCAACCUGCUCUCCGGCGCCCUGCCCUCCGCCCUUCAAACCUCAGCUUCCCUGGAACAACUGGUGGACCAUGCGCCACAGGGUGGACCAUGCGCCACAGGGUGGACCAUGCGCCACAGGGUGGACCAUGCGCCACAGGGUGGACCAUGCGCCACAGGGUGGACCAUGCGCCACAGGGUGGACCAUGCGCCACAGGGUGGACCAUGCGCCACAGGGUGGACCAUGCACCACAGGGUGGACCAUGCGCCACAGGGUGGACCAUGCGCCACAGGGUGGACCAUGCACCACAGGGUGGACCAUGCGCCACAGGGUGGACCAUGCGCCACAGGGUGGACCAUGCACCACAGGGUGGACCAUGCGCCACAGGGUGGACCAUGCGCCACAGGGUGGACCAUGCGCCACAGGGUGGACCAUGCACCACAGGGUGGACCAUGCGCCACAGGGUGGACCAUGCGCCACAGGGUGGACCAUGCGCCACAGGGUGGACCAUGCGCCACACUUGAGCCGCGUCUUUCUCUCACCGCUGCAUCGAGCCCGGGCGCCAAUGCAAACCCCUCCUCUGCUGCCAUGCCUGCGCGCCCCUGCAGGCACCUAGAGGGCAACGGGAUUGCAGGGUCUCUACCGGACUUCUCUCGCUGGAACACGUCUCUCACUGCUCUGUACGGUCGCUGUAUGGCCACUGGUGUGGGUGUGGGUAGGUGUAGCUUUCUCUGGCAACGGGCUUGCAGGGUCUCUACCGGACUUCCCUCGCUGGAACACGUCUCUCUAUGCUCUGUACGGUCGUUGCUGUGUGUGUGCAACGGGUAG